AUGGAUGAAGUGGCGCAGUCAGCGCGGAGCUGGCCGCUUCGCCCAGAGCCAGAACACCUCUUUUCGCUUCCGUUUGUGGGCCUGGUGGAGGCUUUGGCGCAGUUCCUGGAGCAAUGCAACUUCCGCAGCGCCGCUGCGGCCAUCAAAGCCGGGGCCUUGACCGAAACCAACCGGGCCGUGAUUGGGAACAAGUGUGGAGGUUCUCAUAAGGCCCAGGGCAAUGAGAAGGUGCCCCCCUUCGAGGUCGUGCUGAAGCGAUUCCGCGCUCAUGUCGACAGUUGCGCCCUGCUACUUGCGGAGCUGGAGGCCAUCCAGCCAAAGAAUGAGAACAAUCGAGAGGCAGAAUUGUUGGACAACCUCCUUCGCAAGCUCAUGGCAACAGGGCAGUGUCUCUCAGACGAGAAGCUUCUCAACUGCAUUGACAACACCCUGAAGAGCGAGGUCUUUCCAAGUGUCAAGGAAGUGCAUGACAAGCUGGAGACCUCCGACAUUCUCAACAUCAGUGAUGUUGAAACUCAGAGGUUCUGGGAGAGCAUUCAGAAGGAGAUGCAGCCUUUGCCUGAUCCAAAGUCCUUUGUGCCGGAGGCCCAACUGGCGCCGGCGCCGGCGCCGGCGCAGGCGCAGGCAGAGGUCUUGGAAGCGUCUUCUCACUAUCCACCAAAGCGGCGGGAUGGGCCGAAGGAGGUGUGGGACGCAGAUGAUCAAUACCAUGAUGACGACGACCCCGGCUACCGCAUCCGAGAAAUCUACGAGGCUGAGCUUUUGGCGGAGCUGUCGCACAAGAUGGGCUCGCCCAAAACGACGCCCGAAGCAGAUGAGCUCUCAUGUGCCGUUCAGGCGGAAGGCGAAGCGACGCCCGCGAACCCGCAGUCGCCGGAGCCGUCAGGGCCGUCAGGUGACUCCAUGGUGGAGGAUGCGCAGACCGAGGUGAGCUUGCAGACUUUGGGUGCCACUCCUGGGAGUGCGUCCCGGGAGCCUCGCUCGGCAUCUCCGACCUUCGGCGGUGCUCCGGAUGAACCCGAGGAACCGACCCCUUCCGCGGCCAGAGAUGCGCCCAGUUCUGCCCCGAAGGCGACAGCGUCUCCGGCCCCCGAAGGUGUGCAGACCGCUUCUGACACCGCGGAGGCUGACUGCAAGAAGCCGCCGCAGUCGCCUUGCCAGUUCAAGGGUUGGUGA